UUGUUACAGUAUAAGUCAGAGAAAUGCAAAAUUACGUUCGACAUCAUUCCUAGUGCAACAAAAGCGGUAUACGAACGUUACGGAGUUGACAAGUAUCUGUAUGCUAUUGGGCUUAGCGUAGACCCCGAUUACCGAGGAUACGGAUUAGGCAAAGAUAUUUUGAAAAUCAGAGAUCUUAUUGGACCUAUGUACGGAGUCUCAGCGACAUCCACUGCGUUCACAUCGAUAAUGGCGCAGAAGUCAGCGGCAGGUGCGGGAUUCGAAGAAUUCUCGAAAAAGAACUUUACCGAUUUGGUGGACAAGAACGGAAAAGAGUAUUUUCCCGGU